AUGGCGGGUUAUAUGAGCCGUUGGACGUGUUGGAUUGAUUGCAGCAGAUUUGCGUCAGUGACGCUGCCCGAGUGCUACAUGGACCGCGGUGAGCAUUCGCGUCAAGCUUCGCGCCCAGUGCACAUGAGACUAGGCGCGAAGGGGACGGCGUGCCGAGGGCGACGAGCCACUGCGCGGGCGAUCAAGACAGCGGAGCGUUACGAGAGUGUCUCGCACUUCACAGCCACACGAGAAGCCUUGGAAGGCCAGCGGCGAUGGCAGCCAGACGUCUGGUUAUUGUUGGUUAUUGUUGGUCCGCCGUGCAUGUGCAUGCUCGGUGCAGCCAAUGGUGGCGCGUAG